UAUCUCCUGACCCACUACCCAUACACAGUUUCAACUUCAAGCAGCUAGCUCUUCCUCAUCAUCAUCAUCGACCCAGCAGCUGCUUCCGUAUUAUCAAAUCAGAUGAAAAGAAAUUAAGUCAGACAAGGGAGAGUCUGGAUCGAUAAUUUGGGGCUUGACGCCAAAGGAAGACAGUUAGAUAGACAUGUGAAUGUGGUGAUCAUGUCUUCAGAUGCAUCCGCCCUCGUGUGUUUUUAGCCAUAAUUGAGUGGUACUUACCCUGUUUCUGCAACACACCCUUCAUGCGACAUGCCUUUCCUUGUUUCUAAUUUCUUCCGUGUGUUUGUCUUUGAUGGGAUUUGCGUCACUGAUUAACCCAGAGAAAGCCCUCCCCGGGCGGAUCGGGUCCUGCUUGUAGUGCUGUACAGCUUUUAACUCAUAAAGGAGAAAUUUAAGAACAUUUGCUUUGAGAUCCAUCCAUCCACCGAUGGCGAGUACGUACUUUCAUGGGACUUCAGAAAUCCAAGCUGACGGUUUGCAGACACUUUAUCUCAUGAACCCAAACUACGUAGCCUACUCUGACACCCAUCACCCGCCUUCACCUUCCAACCUUCUCUUCCUCAACCCCGCGAUUGCAACUCGCGCGCCGCCUCCUCCCCACAACCACCAUUUGCUCGGCACGCCAAUUCCCAUGCCCCUACCCACCGUCCGAUCUCCCAAUUCAGACGAUCCCAGCCCUUCGUCCGUGCAUGAAUUUCCGGCAACCCUACAUAUGACCCUCCCCCGCUUCCACUGCAAUUUAUGGGGUUGCGUCGAUCAAAGCCAACCGGCGGUGCCACCGGCCGCAACCAAUUCCAGCCUGUCGCUGAGCCUUUUGCCGCAACAGCCGGCGGCAUACGCGGCGGCAGAACUGGACAUUACAUCUCAAGCACCGGCACCGGCAAUUUCGCCACCGAGCGGCGACGAGGUGAGAGUGUCCGGGAAUUCGUCGUCUUCGGUGUCGAAUGGAAUUUCCGGCGUGCGGAGUGUAAUUCUGGGUUCGAAGUACUUAAAGGCGGCGCAGCAGCUUCUGGACGAAGUGGUUAACGUAGGGAAGGCGAUGAAGACGGAAGAGGGGAGUAAAGAGAAGACGAAGACGUAUAGAGAAUCGAUCGCGGUGGCCGGAGACGGUUUGAGCGGCGGCGAAAGUAGUGGGAAACGCGGAGCUGAUCUGACCACGGCUCAAAGGCAGGAGCUUCAGAUGAAGAAGGCAAAGCUUAUAAACAUGCUUGAUGGGGUGGAGCAAAGAUACAGGCAGUACCAGCAGCAAAUGCAGUUAGUGGUAUCUUCAUUUGAGCAAGCUGCAGCCUUUGGGUCAGCUAAAUCCUACACCGCCCUCGCCUUGCGGACAAUCUCGAAGCAGUUUCGGUGCCUGAAAGACGCGAUCACCGCACAAAUCAAAGCGACGGGCAAGAGCUUGGGCGAAGAGGACUGCGUACGGGCAAAGGUGGAGGGCUCCAGACUGAAGUUCGUCGAUCACCACCUCCGGCAGCAGCGAGCUCUGCAGCAGCUGGGAAUGAUACCACAAAAUGCUUGGAGACCCCAGAGAGGAUUGCCCGAGCGAGCUGUUUCUAUUCUUCGCGCCUGGCUCUUCGAACACUUCCUUCACCCCUAUCCUAAAGAUUCAGAUAAACAGAUGCUGGCAAAACAAACAGGGCUCACUCGCAGCCAGGUGUCAAACUGGUUCAUAAAUGCUCGAGUUCGGCUGUGGAAGCCGAUGGUUGAAGAAAUGUACUUAGAGGAAACCAAGGAUCAAGAACAAAAAGGUUCUGAAGAUAAUGCAGCCACCAAAGGCGAACCGAGCAAGGAGUCGGGUUCCAUAAGCACUGCUCCACAAAGCACCAGCGAUGUCAGAACAGAUACAAUAACUCUCCAAUCCAACCAAGAAAAACCCCCCAGUAACCACAAUGUGUCCUCCAUUGAAUAUCCAAAUUGUACCAUUUCAUCAUCUCCCAUUAGAGUUUCCUUUCAAGGCCAGUCCGGCAAUUUCGUGCCCGUUGGGUCAUCGGACCUGAGAGAGAUCCUUCAAAGAAGUCCCAAGAAGCCAAGAAACACACACACCCAGAACUCUCCAAGCAGCAUUCUUUCAAUGGACAUGGACAUGAAAAGUACUGCAGGUGAAGCAAGUAGGGAUAUAAGGGAUCAUAGCUACAGCACACUAAUGGCGGGCCAGGCAGAUCACCAUGGCAUUGGAUUUAGCUCAUGCCUAAUUGGAGACCAGAUCGAAAGGUUAUAUACAGGGAACAGCACAGUUUCCCUUACUCUUGGUCGUCCUCACUGUGAAAAUCUUUCUUUAUCAGGAACCCAACACAGCUACCUCACCAACCAGAGUCUUCAGCUGGGAAGAAGACUCGACAUGGGGGACGGCGAACCCAACUUCUGCAGUAUUAUUGCGCCGCAGCCUUCCUAUUCUAACACUACUGCAGGUUAUGAGCGCCUCAGUGUUCAAGACACAAAGAGGUUUGCUGCUCAGCUGUUGCCGGAUUUUGUAGCAUGAUAUGAUAUAUAUAUAUAUAUAUAUAUAUAUAUAUAUAUAUAUAUAUUUGCUAUGAAGUUCAUAAUAAUGCCAUUGAAUAGGAGAGGAAUUGAUAUGUAUAAGUUUGUAGUGCAAUAUAAGUAUUUACAAGUUCACUUGUUAUCUCAUGAUCUUGUCCCAGCAUCUGGGAAAGAGAGGAUAAUUAUUCAUGCUUGGUGUAAAGAUAGAAGUUUGUAAGUACGCAUACGGCAUACGUCUUUACUACUCAACAAGAACUUGCGUUCUUAGGGGUUGAUUUCAUAAGCUGGUUGAGGAUUUGCGCACAUUAUAUUAAUUUCAUAGGUUGAUAGAUUUCAUGAUAGCAAGAAACAGUCAUUAUAA